AAGGCCCCCCUCCUGCUGAGCUGAAACUGUCACAUGAGGGUGAGCUCAGGGGGUACUGCACCUUAGGUGAUAUAUUUUGGGGUCCUCGUUGGAAGGGAAAUAUGACGCGCCAGGACAGAACGGAGCUGUCCACGCGGGUGAAGGAGCCAGCGCUCGCGUCGCGCGGUGCCAAGUGUCCAGGAGCGUCCUCGUCGGCUCUGUCAAAAGGCUACUCUGGCCGGGGCUCGUGACAUGCGCUCUUCCUGAGCUGGGUGAGGUCUCCCUCAGCAGCACGGCGGCAGCAUGCCGGUGCAGGCAGCCCAGUGGACAGAGUUCCUGUCCUGUCCCAUCUGCUACAAUGAGUUCGACAGCAGUGGCCACCAGCCAAUCAGCCUGGGCUGCUCCCACACUGUGUGCAAGACGUGCUUGCACAAGCUGCACCGCAAGGCCUGCCCCUUCGAUCAGACCCCCAUCAGCACAGACAUCGACCUGCUGCCGGUCAACUGCGCCCUGCUGCAGCUGGUUGGAGCAGAGGUCCCAGAAGUUCAGCCUGUGAGCCUAAGCAGUGCAGCUGAUGUUGAGCACUAUGAGAUCUGCCGAUUGUGUGUAGAAGAGCUGGCUCUCUACUUGAAACCGAUCAGUGGUGCCAAAGGUGUGGCUAACCUGAGUUCGAGCGUGCUCAGCAGACCCAUGCAAAGGAAGCUGGUGACCCUGGUGAACUGCCAGCUGGUGGAAGAGGAGGGUCGUGUCCGCGUGGUUCGGGCUGCCCGCUCUCUGGGGGAACGGACUGUAACUGAGCUCAUCCUGCAGCACCAGAACCCCCAGCAGCUCUCUGCCAAUCUCUGGGCAGCAGUGAGGGCACGUGGCUGUCAGUUUCUGGGUCCUGCGAUGCAAGAAGAUGCGCUGAAGCUGGUUUUACUGGCUCUGGAGGACGGUUCUGCUCUCUCCAGGAAGGUGCUGGUUUUGUUUGUGGUCCAGAAGCUGGAGGCCCGGUUCCCCCAGGCGUCCAAAACAAGCAUUGGCCAUGUGGUGCAACUACUCUACAGGGCCUCCUGUUUUAAGGUGACUAAGCGUGAUGAGGACUCCUCCCUGAUGCAGCUGAAGGAGGAGUUUCGGACGUAUGAGGCGCUUCGGAGAGAACAUGAUGCUCAGAUUGUCCACAUUGCCAUGGAGGCUGGCCUUCGAAUCUCUCCUGAGCAGUGGUCCUCUCUCUUAUAUGGAGACCUGGUUCACAAAUCACACAUGCAGUCCAUAAUUGACAAGUUGCAGUCUCCAGAAUCAUUUGCAAAGAGCGUCCAGGAACUGACGAUUGUUCUCCAGAGGACAGGAGACCCUUCCAACCUAACCAGUCUUAGACCACACCUGGAGCUCCUGGCCAACAUAGAUCACAACCCUGAUGCCCCAGCUCCAUCAUGGGCAGAGCUGGAAAGUGUGAUGCUGGCUGUAAAGUUUGUGGUUCACGGUCUGGUGGAGUUCGUCCAGAACUUUAGCAAGAAGAGCCAUGAAACUCCACAGCCCCAAGCCAACAGUAAAUAUAAGACGAGCAUGUGCAGAGACCUUCGUCAACAGGGAGGAUGCCCCAGAGGAACCAGCUGCACAUUUGCACACACCCAGGAUGAACUAGAGAAAUUCAGGCUGAGGAACAAGAAGAGUGGCAGUGUGGUUCGCCAAUUUCCUCUGGCCAAUAAAGGCAUCAAAGAUACAGAGGAAAACAUGGGUUCUACAACAGAAGUAGGUUCCAGCCUAACAAACCCGCUGCUGAUCUCCAGAGGGUCUGGAGGUGUGGAAGAACUGAAAAGGGUUGUUACGAAUGGAACCAAUGGGACUAACGGCCCUACCAGAACCCCAUCGGGGUCAACAGAGCUGAAGUCCCUGUCUCCCCCCAGAACUCCAGUCAGCCUCUCGUCAGCUUCGUCUCCAUUGAGCACGCCUGGUGGUGCUGAUGUCUGUACUCCUCUGCCUCGGCAUGGCCAAUUCAUCCUCUCCUCACCUCACCCCUCUCAGGGGUCAGAGAUGUACUAUCAGGAGCCCCACCCUGGUUACGACAAGGCACACUUUCAGCAAAGCUCAGGUUCAUUCUAUCCAUCUACUCUUCACCCUCCACACAAAACAUGCAUGGCUCGCUUCCUCCGGUCCUCUAACGUCCAGGAAUCGGCCCUGCCUCCUUCUGCGGGUGUUUCCUCGUACCCAAAUGACCAUCAGCCACCUCACCCAGCCUCAUCCCCUUCUUCAGGAUUUCCUCCUAGAGAUCAAAUGGGAGCCCCCACCUUCCAUCACCAUCCAGGACAGGGACAGUAUGGACAUUUGGGUCCUUCUCACGGUGUUUAUGCUCCUCUCUAUGACAGCAGGAGACUAUGGAGACCUCAGCUGUACCACAGAGAGGAUGCCAGGAGUAACUCACUGCCUCCGGAGGUUCUGCACUCCUCAGUCUACCAGCCUCCACUCAGGGAGAGAUUCAACUCUCUAGACAGCAACUACUGCUCUGGAGCGGAGCAUCGCACCGGGCUGCACAGGGACUAUGGGCGCGUUCCUCUGGGAUAUGAGGAUCUGUUCAGACGGAAGCAGGAACACUGGACUCACAUUCACCACCAUCACAGACCCUCCCAAUCUUCCCCCAUCUUCACUGCUGAUUUUGGGCCAGAGCAUAUGGAAAACGGUGGAGGUCAGUGCAUGGGAUGUAGGUUCAGAGGUGAGGAAAGUUUGGCACGUUAUUCUCCAUGGUCCUGCGGCACAGCCGGGCCCAGCUUAAGCCCCUUUGAGCCUGAGCCCCUCAAACCCGCCCCAGCUCACUCCCAUUCCCACUCGGAGCGUCCGGAGCUAGACUGUAACGAAGGAGGACAAGGCGUUGUUAGCGGCACUGGGAAACGAUGGCUACACUCGUUGGAUCACUAUCGACGUUUGAAAGAAGAAGAUCCUAUUAUUCCCUUCAGUGAGGCGCCCAUUAUCUCAAAGUGGGGGGCCAUCUCUAGGGCAUCCCGCACAGGCUACCAUACCACCGAACCUGUACAAGCCACGGCCCGCCAGGGCAGCGCCAGCACCACGGCCAUAAACUUCAAAGAUUACAACCAUCACUUUGAUCACAGUGACUAUAGAUGGAGCUCCAGAGGAUCAGACUCCUCUAGCCAUUCCAGUUUCCUUGAGAGUGAGCAUCUUUGUGCGUCGGAGCUGAAUGGCCGCCGGUCUUCGAUUAGCAGCGGAGAGAAAAUUGUGUCGGAGCAGCUUCAGGAUAAUCAGACCUCCUUCAGCCGGGAACCAAACCAAACUGAAAAUGAGUCAGAUCCGGAUCGAGACAUCGAGCUCGAACUGCGGGCUCUGGACAUGGAGGAUUCAGAACACCACGAGAUUAAGUCUCAGGAAGGUUUAGAUCUGCCCAGCCCUCAGUCUCAGGAUGCUUCCCACCUCCUCCCUCCUCCCUGCUCCUCUCCUCUGUGCCCCUCCCCUGUAGAGGAACGCAGCAAAUCAGAAAGCCUUCUGACUGAGAAAAUGGACGCUCUCCAGCUAAAAAAGAUGGCUUUCAGGAAAUCUCUUUCUCCUAUUGGGCUGGGAUCAGGAGGUCUGGGCAUCAUGAAGCUCGUACUACGAACUGGACCUCAUCAACUGGGCGACACUUCCACCAAGGCUCAUCCAGAAACCCCUGGGACAGAGAUGCUGCUUAAUUAAAGCUAGAGCUGAUCUAGACCUGAGUCACAUUUCAAAGCAGAAUAUUCUACAACAGAGAAUAUUUUCUUUUUCCAUUUGAAAAGGUAAAGAUGUUUUGGACAUCUAACCGGUCACCUAAGAGAACCUUCAACAGGCCUUUCAGUGGUUAAAGUGGCUGAAGCCAGGUCUUCCAGAGCUACAUUUGUGGGACUAAAUUUAUAAUAAUCUCCAUUAAAGUCUCAGUUCUUUUUUACAGCAAAGCCAACAUUGCACCGUGGUUUCAGCACAUUUCUCAAUACGUGGUUGCUUUUAGUGUGUGCCUUUGAAGACUUGCGUCCCAUAAAAGCAGACAUUGAUCAGUAUCUAAAAUCUGCAUAGCUGCUUUGUAGGAUUAUUCUUUUUUAAAUCUUAAAAGUUUAGACUGCUGCUUACAGCUUUUUUUUAUUGAUUUACUUAUAUUUUGUGUUUGCUCUCUCUGGGCAGCUUCAGGUGGUCAAAUUUAUACAUUUUGCAUCGUCUUUUAUGUUUUUGCAUCUUUGCAUCUUUUAAGGUGUUUCUUUUUUCUUUCAGUAAUAUGCCUUAUUAUAAACAAAAGGGAUAGAAAACAUAACAUUUCCUGCAAAACAGACCACUUUCAGAAAUCCUAACCAUCCACAGUUAAAAUCAUCUACAGGAACUCUUGUGUUUAAUUGUUCUUUGAGAUGACUAAUGUGUUGAUUAACCAAUCAAAUCAAGCAUUAUUUGCUAUCUCAACAUUCAAAUCUUACAGAUAGGGUGUUGAUCAGAAUUUUUUAUUUAUUUGAAGAUCCUGAUUCUGGUGCAUUUAAUUUAUCCUCAAAGUGAUUUGAUCAGAUAACAGCCUAUAUAUAGCAUUAUCAUUUCUUUGUUCAGUUUGUAUCGAAUAGAAACAAAUUCUAUACAGAAAUAUAUACAGAAAUUAUGAAUUUCACUAUGUUAAUAAAAAAAAAAAACUUCAAAACACUUGAGAUAAAUAACGAUUUUAGAUUAAAUUUUAAGGAAAUUAGCAAUUUAAUUUGCAGAUAUCCUUGGAAUGAUAGCCGUAGAACUUCAACAGGAUAUAGGACAGCUUUUAAAGGAAGAAACUGAGAUAUAAAAACCCACUGAUUAUAAAACAACCCUUUUAUGAGUCACAAGAUAUUUUAUAUAGACCUCUGACCGUCAGAGAACACAGUGCCUGUUGUCAUAAACCUCCUUUGCAAACUUUACAUAGGUAUAUGCAUGUAGAACUUGUGCAAAAGCUCCAUUCAGGGCACACAGGAGCCUUUCUCUCCUUUUUGUUUGUUCUAAGCAAACUUCAUAUAAAGCUGCUCAUUAAUGGAUCUUAAAAAAAGGAAAUGAUGUAUGCCAGUUGGAUCCGUUUCAUCUGCUUUGUGUAAAACAAUUUGUGGAUAUGCUGAAUGUCUAAAGGGGAGGUCGGCUAAAAAGAGGAACACCGCCUGUUUUCUUCUAUAGCUAAAUCUCUGCUUAACUUUUUUAAAGUUUUGGAUUAUUUUAUCUGUUUCAGUGACGCUGACUUCUAUGAAGUUGUUCGUUGAUAGAUUUUUUUGUAUUGAGAUCUUUGUUUCUCAUGUUUGCUGUAUUGUUGAUUGCUGGCUUUAAGGCCAGUGAUCUGUGAUCUGCUUUUCCUGGAGGUGAUGGAUCAUUGGUUCAGAUCAAAGCUGCCUAAAAGUUUAUUUGAAAGCAUUUAUUAUAAGACUUAAGACAAACCAUAUUAAAGACUAUUUAGUCUUUGGUAGUAAUGUCCUCUUAAUGUGUUCACAUCCAGAUUUGGAGUCAGAAGUUCUUCACGCUUAAAUAACAACUUUAUUUGGGAUUUUAGAUGAAUUUUAAUAGUUUGUUUUGAUGAAAUUCAAUGGAUUUCUUUUUUCAGAAAUAAUAAUUUACUUAGGAUUUUCUAAAACAAAACAAGCUCAAAUGAUGUACUACAAAAACAUAUAGAUCUCAAGCAAUAUUAGGGUAAAUUUGGACCUUUAAAGGACCAUUAGUCAAAUAUUGUGGUAACAGCAUGUAGCGUUUUACUAAUUUGUUAAACAAAGAAGAACUGCCGUCCAUUUCACCACGAAUCAGGAUGUUUAAGUAGGACCACCAUCCCAAACAAACAUCGGCUAACUUUAGCUUCUUGACUUGCCCAGACCUAAGGCUUAUUGUUAGUUUGUGGACUUUGCUUUAAAGCCAAAUCUGGUAUAAAACUUAACCAGUUUUUAUUACUUUCAACAUUUCUGAUAAGAACAGCGGUCAAUAAUUUAGCUGGGAAACUUGCCAAACCUUCCAAAUGUUUCCAAAACAAAACACCAAAUACAUAGCUUUGCUCCCACACAUUUUAUUCAAAACUCAUUAAAGUAAUAAAAAUGCUUCUUUUAAAAGCCCCAAAAAAAAUUAGAUUUAUGCCAAUGAUUAAUGAUUUACUGUAUGUUUUGACUGACACUGUUAGUGAAGUUGCCUUGUUUUUAAAUGUUCAAGUUUUAAAAUGAAGGCCUGGAGACUCUUGGGGAGGUUCGUCCUUUGUCACGGUUGCUCUACCCAACAGAUUCCUUUCCCCCAUAAGGUCAGUCCUCAAACAGAAAAGACGAGGACUGGUGUAGACCACCUGUUAGCAGCAUUUCUUUAAGCUCUGCUUGCUGCAGCGGCUCUGCUUCUGUUUACAACUUUGCCUUUAAAGUCACGUAAAGUUAAGUGCCAUGUCGUGUUAUAGUACAAUCAGUCCCCGCUGUCCACUGACGGCUUAUUAAAUCUCCUUACGAAGAAGCUGUGUGAGGAGACACAGGCUUUAGUGAGAUGGUCCUCUCUUGUAGUUCCGCUAAACCUCCGUUUAUGAGUCACUCAGGGAGUCCUUCACUUGGCUUUUUCUACAGGCGUCUGAGUGAUCCUGUCAUCCAAAGCUUACCGCAGUGAUAAAGUGUUAAAAAGGUUCUAAGUAUCAUUUACUUGGCUGCUUAAAUUUUUUUUUCUCUGUCAGUAUCAAUAUUAGCUCUGCUUAGAGUAUCAUGAAAAAGGGCUGGCUGGACACAUAUUGGACUGUUUGUAAAGCUGUUUUCAUGAGUACGGACUCAAAAGUGUUUGUUUAUGAAGUAUCCAUGGAGCCCUGCUAUAGUGGCUAAUUGCACUGGACCCCCCCACCUCCUACAACCUGCAUCCUGCCACAUGCAUGCCACACCGCCCCUCUUGUGAUUGCAGAGGAGUACCAAUGAUUCUGUAGUUGUGAUACAACACCCCCGGCGCUGUAAGAGUUCUGCACACGCCCACUGUGUGGCCACGUCAAGUGCUGAAGUUUGUUUAGCAGCGUCUUUAUUUGCUUGCUCAGAUAAUUUUGAUAUCGUUCAUUUGCCACUUUAUUAUUAUUAUUGUUGAUAUUAUAACCACAUUUGGUUGUUGUGAUAUUUUUCCUUCUUGAUGUGUUUUGCUCAUUUUGGUCAAAUCGAUGCCUUUUCUGUAACCUUUUUUAAAAACAGGCAAAGCAUCUGAAAUUUCUGGAUUAGAGGAGAAAAAAAAACUUGUUUGUUAUUUGUGAAACAUGAUGAACUAAUGUUUUAAGUAUUCAUGUCUGUAUUAGACAUUUUUUUUGCAAAUCUAUUGUUCGAUUGAAAUGUCAAUGAAUUUCUUAUGAAAUGGUAAACAUCCGUCAAUGUAUACAGUCUGACGCCAUCAGUGGAUGGACUUGGUAGUGUUAGCGCUCAUUUCUACAGCCUGUAAAAGUCAGAAUUAUUUAAAUGUUCCAAAUCCUUGGGGCAGUUGUGUAAUGUCUCAGAACAGGACAAAGCUGAUCCUUCUGAGACAGAACCUCUUAAAAUGUCCUGAAAUGAAUAAUACUGUUAUGUAUUCCAUUUAUUUCCUUGGAAAUAUCACAUUGUGAAAGGUUUCCCUUUUACUUACUGUAUUUGUAAUGCAGAUCUGGAGUAAAGUCUAAUCCUAUGGUGAUGAUGAUGAUGAUUUAUGUGCUAUUAAUAAUAGAUGGAGCAGUCGGCGUAUUGUUUUACCGACUGAUCGAUUAUUCUGUGUUUUCUGCCUUGUUUAGCAGUAUUGCACUGACCAACAGAGAGACUGGUUGAACAGGAAACCACUCCUAUGUUGCACUGAGAGACUGCAUUAUAACGAGGAACAGUAGAAUAUAUGAGACUGCAUGCUUUAAUAAACAGAAAGCUGUUAAACCUA